UGUGUCCAAGCUGUCCCAGACCAACAAGGAGGGCCAGGACCUGAACAAGAAGGCAAAGAACCCUGAGGUGGGCAAGCUGACUGAGGCUGACAAGGCCAGCAUUGGACGGGUCCAACUGUCUGUGUUCUGGGCAUACCUGAAGGCCAUUGGGGUUCUCCUGUCCUGCAUCAGUCUGCUGCUGUUCCUCGCCCAUCACCUGGUCUCCCUCUUCUCCAACUACUGGCUGAGUCUGUGGACGGACGACCCGGUGGUUAACGGCACGCAGCCGAACAGACUGAUGAGACUGGGGGUGUACGGUGGUCUCGGCCUGUCCCAGGGUGAGGAUGG